AUGACGUCAGAGUUGUCUGUUGACAUAUUUGAAAGUAUGGAAUCGGAACAGAGUAGAAGAAAACAAAAGUGUGUUUGGUUCUUUAUCGCCUCUGUCCUCUUUUUGGCCUGUUUUACCGAUGCUGCCGAGAAGAAAUGUAAAGCCGUAACAUUUGGCGAGGGAAACUAUGACGUCAAGGGAAAAUGCUGGGAAACAGAGCCUUCAACACCGGAGCUGGACGUCGAUUCCACCUGUCAAUCAUGGACAGUCAGGAGAAAAAUUCUCCGUGCAUUGAAGUGCAGACCAGGAAUAAAGAAGUUUCUUGAUCAAAAAUCGUAUGAUUGCGAACCAAGCAAAAUAUCAGAUAUUGGACUGACAAAGGUAUGCCCAUCCAAAUUUGAUUACGUCACAAAGAUAAUCAGGAACAAUAAACCAUGCUACGUUGUAUAUCCUAACCGACAGUGUGUAACAUACGCAAAGUGUGAUUACCAGAAGGACUGCUCGAAGACUGAUGAUGUAACAAGUGCUUGUCUGCCUGACCGACACCGCUUCUUCAAUGUGUGGGUUUUCUGUCCUGCCAGUCACCGAUUUGAACUGGAGACCUUGGAGUUACCUCAGUGCUGUACCUGCAGAGAGUACAAACUCUGUGGGGGUUCCGGACCCAUGACAGCCGCUACCAAUCCUAGACUUCCUUCAGUUAAUUCUAACUCUGGUGGGAUGAUGAAAUGAAAAUGAAGACAAAUUUUAAAUAAAAACUUUAUUCAUAGAUGGUGAAAUUCAAGUUUUAAAAUAUCACAGGUUUUAGCAUUGUUAUAUUACUAAUCUUCUAAUAUGCUGUUGAUAUAUGUGUAGUUUGAAUUAAACCUUCAAAUUUU